UUUUUACAAACAUUUAUAUACAUACAAGCAUUUCUUAAAAUUCCAAGUAUAUUGCUACACAUAACUACAUAUAUACUCCUACUAUUAUCGUCAAUAUUAAAAAUGUUACGAGUUGUGAAUUAUAUCGGGUCGAGACCCCAAAAUUACGUCAAAAUUAUUGACUCUAAUAUCAGAUGUCUGGCCACUCAAGCUGCUGUAAAAAAUGUAGCAGAGGAAAAACUGAAAAAAAAUGCAGCUCCGAAAGAGACACAGUCCUUUGUAAUGAACUUGUUCCGUGGUCAUUUACAAACCAAUCAAGUAUUUCCAUUUCCGAAAACUUUGAACGAGGAACAAGUAGAUACACUAAAAUUGUUAAUUGACCCCAUGGAUAAAUUUUUCGAGGAAAUAAAUGAUGCAAUGAAAAAUGACGAGAAUGCGUCGAUCGAUGAGAAAACUAUGCAAGCUAUGUGGGACCUUGGAGUAUUUGGUUUGCAAGUACCUCAAGAAUAUGGUGGACUGGGACUAACUAAUACUCAAUACGCGAGAUGCGUUGAAAUUUGUGGAUACAACGAUUUAGGCGUUGGUAUAACUCUGGGUGCACAUCAAAGUAUAGGAUUCAAGGGCAUACUGCUAUUUGGUACACCAGAACAAAAGGCAAAAUAUUUGCCAAGAGUUUGUAAUGGAGAAUAUGCAGCAUUCUGCCUCACAGAACCAAGCUGUGGUUCAGACGCUGGUUCGAUUCGUUCUCGUGCUGUGAAAUCGGCCGAUGGUUCGCAUUAUGUCUUAAAUGGUAGCAAAAUUUGGAUUUCUAACGGUGGCCUGGCAAGCAUAAUGACAGUUUUUGCACAAGUACCAACCAAAGAUCCAGAAACAGGUGAAACCAAGGAUAAAGUUACCGCGUUUAUCGUUGAGAGAUCCUUUGGUGGUGUAACAAGUGGACCGCCAGAGAAAAAAAUGGGUAUUAAGUGUAGUAACACUGCGGAAGUACAUUUCGAAAAUGUCAAAAUACCAGCCGAAAAUGUCUUGAAUGCCGAAGGACAAGGGUUUAAGGUUGCAAUGACUAUUUUAAAUAAUGGUCGAUUCGGUAUGGUUGCUGCUCUUAGCGGCACUCAGCGGUACUGUAUUAAAAAAGCAGUAGAACAUGCAACGCAACGAGUACAAUUUGGUCGGACGAUAGAUAAUUAUGGAACUAUUCAGGAAAAAAUAGGUCGUAUGGCAUUGUUACACUACGUAACUGAAACCCUCGCGUAUGCACUUUGUGGCAAUAUGGAUAACGGAAGUCAGGAUUAUCACUUAGAAGCUGCAAUCUCUAAAUGUUUUGCAUCAGAAUCUGCGUGGUGGGUUUGCGACGAAUCUAUCCAAGUACUUGGUGGAAUGGGAUACAUGAGUGAAGCCUGUCUCGAACGAGUUAUGCGAGAUGUACGGAUUUUUAGAAUUUUCGAAGGAACUAACGAUAUACUUCGUCUUUUCGUUGCGCUUACCGGAAUUCAGUAUGCGGGAAGUCAUUUGAAGGAAUUGCAGAAAGCAUUCAAGAACCCUACCGCUAAUUUGGGAUUAAUUUUCGAAGAAGCGACUAAACGAGCAACGCGAGCUAUCGGAUUAGCGUCAACGCCCAAAUUCUCGCAUUUAGUUCAUCCGAGUUUACAAGAAAGCGCUGCUUCAUGUGCCAGUAAUAUAGAAACCUUUGGUCAGUGUAUAGAAUCUGCUCUUAUCAAAUAUGGUCGCAAUAUUGUGGACCAACAAUUUAUUUUGAAUAGAAUAUCUCAAGCAGCAUUUGAUAUCUACACGUCAGCUAUCAUAAUGAGCAGAGCGUCUAUGUCGGUAAAUAACAAAGUUCCAAGUAUGGAGCACGAACUUCUUAUGGCACAAACUUGGUGCUCCGAAGCAUCAAGACGCGUGAAUUCUAACUUAAAGUCAAUUUCAUCUGAUAAACAAUUGAAUGUGUUUACUAAUUUAAGUAAAAUUUCAAGAAAUGUGUGCGAUGUUGGUGGAUGUGUUCAGCUAAAUCCACUGGGUAUUUAAUAAUAAGAUUAGUUAUUAUAUAAUUACAUCAAUGCAUAUCGAGGGCUUUAUACAAAAUUGCAUUGAUCAUAAAUAUAUGUGUAUACGGUAGAUUCUCGCUUAACCGAGUCCUGUGGGACCGAGCCUGGCCAGGUGAACGAUUGACCAGUUCAUCCGACAAGAAUCACAUAUUUUUAUUUUAUUUCUAGAUAAUUACUAAAAACCAUUAAUAUUCAUAUAACUGUAUCUAUAAUAUUGAUUAAGUAAUAUCAGUUUUUUUUAACGCAGAAAAUGUACAUCUCAGAGGAAGAGAUGUGCAGAAUCCAGUGCUCAAAAAUUUAGUACGCAUAUAAAAACUUAGUAGGAUUAGGGCUAUUUAAAUGAUGACUAGUAGGACGAAAAUUACAAUUAGUCGAGUGUGAAUAAUUAUGAAAUGUCAAUAAUUUUUUUCUGGUCAAUUGUCGUUAUAUUAUCAAAAAUGAAUGACUGGUUACUGCGGAGACUAAUUAAAGCAGAACUGGAUAAUCGGGAGUCUACUGUACAUAUGAGCUUUAAACAAAUACGCUUUAAAUAACAAUUAAAAUAUUUUAAUUGGCGAUAUAAAGUAAUUAUUAAACUAUUGUAUUUUGAUAAGGAAUGUAAUUUUGAAAGUAUUGAAUGUAUUAUUAUAUUGGAUAUUUUUUGAUAUUUUUUCAUGAAAUUGAUACUGUAAAUAAAUUGUUAUAAAAAAUGUACACAUGAAGGUAGAUGCUGUUUAUUUUCCAGUAAACCUCACAAAAUAGCGGUUUGAAAAUAGAAUAAUGUACAGUAAAUUAAAUAAAAGUAAUUGUAACUGUA